AUGAAGCGAACGAAGAUUAUGGAACCAUACUUCGCGAAUAAGGUCGUUAGCGAUAUUUACGACAUGCACUUUAGCCGCAGUGCGCACGAAUGUGCAACACUUGCCCGUGCACGAGUUGCUGAAUAG